AGCCCUGUGGGUAGAGACCUGUGGGUAGAGUCCUGUGGAUAGAGUCCUGUGGAUAGAGACCUGUGGGUUGAGUCCUGUGGGUAGAGUCCUGUGGGCAGAGACCUGUGGGUAGAGACCUGUGGGUAGAGCUGUGGGUAGAGACCUGUAGGUCCUGGUCAAAGUAGGGCACCAUUUCAGAUGGUCAAUUCUCUCUCUUCCACCAGGCAGACAGGCCCUAUGUCUCACCCUCAUUCCCCAGCACCCUCUUCAUCACAGAGAGUAGUUAGUGGUGUAUGACGGUCUCUCUUCAGCCCCCAUCACAGAGAGUAGUUAGUCGUGUAUGACGGUCUCUCUUCAGCCCCCAUCACAGAGAGUAGUUAGUCGUGUAUGACGGUCUCUCUUCAGCCCCCAUCACAGAGAGUAGUUAGUGGUGUAUGACGGUCUCUCUUCAGCCCCCAUCACAGAGAGUAGUUAGUGGUGUAUGACGGUCUCUCUUCAGCCCCCAUCACAGAGAGUAGUUAGUCGUGUAUGACGGUCUCUCUUCAGCCCCCAUCACAGAGAGUAGUUAGUCAUGUACGACAGUCUCUCUUCAGCCCCCAUCACAGAGAGUAGCUAGUCUCUCUUCAUCUCCUAUAACAGAGAGUAGUUAGUCUCUCUUCAGCCCCCAUCACAGAGAGUAGCUAGUCUCUCUUCAUCUCCUUUAACAGAGAGUAGUUAGUCUCUCUUCAUCUCCUAUCACAGAGAGUAGUUAGUCUCUCUUCAUCUCCUAUCACAGAGAGUAGUUAGUCUCUCUUCAGCCCCUAUCACAGAGAGUAGUUAGUCUCUCUUCAGCCCCCAUCACAGAGGGUAGUUAGUCUCUCUUCAGCCCCCAUCACAGAGAGUAGUUAGUCGUGUAUGACGGUCUCUCUUCAGCCCCAUGUCAGUAGCUGAACCUCUGAUUGAGGAGGAUGUUCUGCCAAGUAGAAACAGAACAGUAAUCAAUCGUCUUUUGUUCCGUCAAUUCCACCUCCUUUAGAUGACUCUGGCUAGCUAACUUCCUGUCUGAUUACCCCGCUGUCUGUGUCAGUUGUGCCUCCCAAAUGGCACCCCCUAUUCCCUAGAUAGUGCACUACUUCCUAUGGGCCCUGGUCAAAAGUAGUGCACUAAAUAGGGAAUAGGGUGUCAUUCGGCACGGACCCUUUUUCUGUGUCGGUUCCGUAACGGUGUUGUGUUCCGUUCACCUAAUUGGGUUCUUUGUUACCCUGGGAACCACACAUUGUAGAAAGGUGUCAUGUCCUUCUGUUCUGCUCUGUUCUGAAGCACUGCAAUGUUAACACCACGGUCUAUUCAACUGGCACAGACAGGUCCAUUAUGCUGAAGCUGUGAUUAUCUGUUACUACUGCAAAGAUCAUGUAGCACAACCUGUGAAAUAAUUGACAUUACAAAAUACUAAUCUAGUCACCCACAACCAAAUGAGUUCCUAAGGUUGUAACUAACGAGCACGUCGAUGAUGAUUGUCUUCCUCUUGUUGUUCCUAACAUGCUGACCAGACCCGGACACUUCGCGUGCGCGAGCUUCGCAAAAUACUUUUAGAAAUACAUGUUAUUCAAUUAUUGCGCCCACACUGCUCGCGCGCGCCAACGAGCGUCUGCGACGCCAAGGGCUAAAAUAGAAGUCGUUCCUAUUUCUGACGCAGAUCGCACUGCAACUCUUGCCUCUCCCAUCUCCCCGUUGGUUUAUAGAAGCAGGUACCCACGUGCCAUCUCCCCGUUGGUUUAUAGAAGCAAGUACCCAUGCGCCAUCUCCCCGUUGGUUUAUAGAAGCAGGUACCCACGUGCCAUCUCCCCGUUGGUUUAUAGAAGCAGGUACCCACGUGCCAUCUCCCCGUUGGUUUAUAGAAGCAGGUACCCACGUGCCAUCUCCCCGUUGGUUUAUAGAAGCAGGUACCCACGUGCCAUCUCCCCGUUGGUUUAUAGAAGCAGGUACCCACGUGCCAUCUCCCCGUUGGUUUAUAGAAGCAGGGACCCACGUGCCAUCUCCCCGUUGGUUUAUAGAAGCAGGUACCCACGUGCCAUCUCCUCGUUGGUUUAUAGAAGCAGGUACCCACGUGCCAUCUCCCCGUUGGUUUAUAGAAGCAGGUACCCACGUGCCAUCUCCCCGUUGGUUUAUAGAAGCAGGUACCCACGUGCCAUCUCCCCGUUGGUUUAUAGAAGCAGGUACCCACGUGCCAUCUCCUCAUUGGUUUAUAGAAGCAGGUACCCACGUGCCAUCUCCUCAUUGGUUUAUAGAAGCAGGUACCCAAGUGCCAUCUCCCUGUUGGUUUAUAGAAGCAGGUACCCACGUGCCAUCUCCUCAUUGGUUUAUGGAAGCAGGUACCCACGUGCCAUCUCCUCAUUGGUUUAUAGAAGCAGGUACCCACGUGCCAUCUCCUCAUUGGUUUAUAGAAGCAGGUACCCACGUGCCAUCUCCUCAUUGGUUUAUAGAAGCAGGUACCCGCGUGCCAUCUCCUCAUUGGUUUAUAGAAGCAGGUACCCACGUGCCAUCUCCUCAUUGGUUAUACCCACGUGGGUGAUUGAAAGACGAACUUUGUUCCCGGUUGUCGUGGUAAUACAAUGAAAGUUUAGAUGCGAUCACCAUAUAAGUUAAACGAUGAAAAAGCCUGGAAGGAGAAGAGAUGACUAGAAACGAUUCGGUUGGCCGUUUUAUGUGUGGAUUAAUUGUCGGAGUAGAGGUCCUUGUGCAUUUCAGGUAAAAUAACAACUCGAUGUUUAUAUCCCAGGACAAAUUAGCUAGCAACAGCAAGCUAGCUAAAUAGGACAAAUUAACGUUAGCUAGCAAGUGCAAGCUAACUAUCUAAAUUGCCAUACAUGUUUAAUGCUUUUCGACCUGUCCCCAAAUUAUUGUCAUUGGUUCAGAGUUUGUUUUGAUAUUUUAACCUGCGUGUCGUGAUCGCGUUUGGUGUAGGGGGACAAAAUAAAUGUAUGCACAAUAGCGCACGGUAGCGCACGAUGGCGCGCGCAGCCGGUUUGGGUUCCGUAUUAGGUGCAGGUCUCUUUAAGUGUGUUUUUAUAAUGUGUUUAGGAUUGUUGUCUCUGUAAUCAUUGCUGAUGCUUGUGGUGAUCAAACAAUUUACCAAGUUGGCAUCAAUGAAGUUCUAUUCUAUUCUACUCUACUUUACUCUACUCUAUUCUACUCUACUACAUUAUAUUAUACUCUAUUCUACGC